AGGGAAGGAAAAGGAAAGGAGACGACGGAGGCCGCGGGUGCUUUAUUUGCUGCGCCUGCGCCUGCAAACUCUGCUCUGCUCUGCUGCACAACCGCCCCGCUUUUUUUAUCCUCCGUAGCGAAGGAAGGAAAGGAAAGCAAACCCAGCAAUGAGUGAUGCAACAACCAAGUGUUCUGCUGGAGAAGAGAAUGACAGAAUCAAGUAUGCUACGUCAUCUAUGAAAGGAUUUCGUGAUGAAAUGGAAGAUGCUCUCACAGCUGUCCUAGAUCUAGAUGGUUACAGUUCCACAUCAUUCUUUGGUGUUUAUGAUGGCCAUGGAGGAGCUGAUGUAGCAUUAUAUUGUUCAAGGCAAUUUCAUAUUGAGCUCACCAAGGAACCAGACUAUGGCAACAAUCUGCGUACCGCACUGGAGCAUGUGUAUUUCAGAAUUGAUAAGAAGUUGAAACGAUCGGAUGAAUGGAAAAGGGAGCCAGCUGAUCCUCCUGUUAAUAGAACUUUGAAAAACUUGCUCAGGGCUGCUCUUUGUGAGGAACGUUAUGUUCCCCCCCUACAGGAAGGAACCACAGCAUGUGUGGCUCUCAUUAGAGGUAACCAGAUUAUUGUUGGAAAUAUUGGUGAUUCCCGUUGUGUACUCUCAAGGAAUGGUCAGGCAAAUGAUCUAUCCACCGAUCACAAGCCAGACCUCCAACAGGAAAGGGAGAGAAUUGAAAGGGCAGGAGGGCAAGUAACCAGGGAUGAGAACCCCCAGAGAGAUAUCACAGGACGACUAGUUAGUGUGGACUUGGGCAUCCAUCGCAUCGGGGGGAAAUUAGCCAUAUCCAGAGCGAUUGGUGAUUUUCAAUUCAAGAAGAACAAAGCUUUGUCUCCUGCAGAACAAAUUGUGACAUGUAGUCCGGACAUUCGCACUGUGGACAUAACUGAUGAUACUGAAUUUCUUAUUAUAGCAAGUGACGGUAUCUGGGACGUCAAGUCAAGUCAAGAGGCAGUUGAUUUUGUAAGGCAGCGUUUGCAAUCCGGGGAGACAGAUCUGCGUGCCAUUUGUGAGAGACUUCUUGAUUCAUGUCUGGGCCGGAGAAUGAGUGACAAUAUGAGCGUGAUAGUGGUUCAGUUCAAGGCGGGUGCCCGCGCCAACCCCACUGCCACUGCUGAAGCCAGGGCUGACGAAAUCGAGGUCAACAUCGAAGUGGGGCAGUCCAGCAGCGCAAAUGUGGAAGGGGGGCAGCCCAGCAACGGAAAUGAGGACGACGACGGCUCUGUCAACGGCUGCAUAGGAUGCUUCGGCCGCUUGGAUAUGUUUGAGGCCGGCGAGGACUGAUGGGUGAGCUGUGCACUUACAGUUUUGAAUUUUUGAUCAAGAACUGAAAGGUGAUCCUGAGCUGGGAUGGUUUACGGUGCUAUUUUUGCUCUUUGUCGGAGACAGAAUUCGUGUAGGAUGAUAUGGUACCACUCUUAGGGUCUGAGCAGUUGCUGUUACUUACUAUACGUUGCAUUGUAGUUUCGCUGGAGAUUUUGCUUGAGAGCCACUUGGAUUCACGCACUCUGUUUUCUUCUUCUUCACAUCUUGUCUUGGAUAUCAAAGAUGCUUGAUGGGGUAGUAUAACUAUGGAUGUUUAGUGCCUUGAUGAUAA